GCCUUCCCGGGGGUGGCGGCCAGCGCCAUGCUGCGCCUGGGGCUGUGCGCCGCCGCGCUGCUGUGCGUGUGCCGGCCGGGCGCCGUGCGCGCCGACUGCUGGCUCAUCGAGGGCGACAAGGGGUACGUGUGGCUGGCCAUCUGCAGCCAGAACCAGCCGCCCUACGAGACCAUCCCGCAGCACAUCAACAGCACCGUGCACGACCUGCGGCUCAACGAGAACAAGCUCAAGGCCGUGCUCUACUCCUCGCUCAACCGCUUCGGGAACCUCACCGACCUCAACCUCACCAAGAACGAGAUCUCCUACAUCGAGGACGGCGCCUUCCUGGGCCAGUCGAGCCUGCAGGUGCUGCAGCUGGGCUACAACAAGCUCAGCAACCUGACCGAGGGCAUGCUGCGCGGCAUGGGCCGCCUGCAGUUCCUCUUCGUGCAGCACAACCUCAUCGAGGUGGUGACGCCCGCCGCCUUCUCCGAGUGCCCCAGCCUCAUCAGCAUCGACCUGUCCUCCAACCGCCUCAGCCGCCUGGACGGCGCCACCUUCGCCAGCCUGGCCAGCCUCAUGGUGUGCGAGCUGGCCGGCAACCCCUUCAACUGCGAGUGUGACCUCUUUGGCUUCCUGGCCUGGCUGGUGGUGUUCAACAACGUCACCAAGAACUACGACCGCCUGCAGUGCGAGUCCCCGCGCGAGUUCGCCGGCUACCCGCUGCUGGUGCCGCGGCCCUACCACAGCCUCAACGCCAUCACCGUGCUCCAGGCCAAGUGCCGCAACGGCUCGCUGCCCGCCCGGCCCGCCAGCCACCCCACGCCCUACUCCACCGACGCCCAGAGGGAGCCCGACGAGAACUCGGGCUUCAACCCCGACGAGAUCCUCUCGGUGGAGCCGCCGGCCUCGUCCACCACGGACGCGUCUGCGGGGCCCGCCAUCAAGCUGCACCACGUCACCUUCACCUCGGCCACGCUGGUGGUCAUCAUCCCGCACCCCUACAGCAAGAUGUACGUGCUGGUCCAGUACAACAACAGCUACUUCUCCGACGUCAUGACGCUCAAGAACAAGAAGGAGAUCGUCACGCUUGACAAGCUGCGGGCGCACACCGAGUACACCUUCUGCGUGACGUCGCUGCGCAACAGCCGCCGCUUCAACCACACCUGCCUGACCUUCACCACGCGGGACCCCGUCCCCGGCGACCUGGCGCCCAGCACCUCCACCACCACCCACUACAUCAUGACCAUCCUGGGCUGCCUCUUCGGCAUGGUCAUCGUGCUGGGCGCCGUCUACUACUGCCUGCGCAAGCGCCGCAUGCAGGAGGAGAAGCAGAAGUCGGUCAAGGUCAAGAAAACCAUCCUGGAGAUGCGCUACGGGGCGGACGUGGAUGCCGGCUCUGUGGUGCACGCUGCCCAGAAGCUGGGCGAACCCCCCGUGCUGCCCGUGUCCUGCAUGGCCUCCAUCCCCUCCAUGAUCGGGGAGAAGCUGCCCACCUCCAAGGGGCUGGAGGCCGGGCUGGACACACCCAAGGUGGCCACCAAGGGCAACUACAUUGAGGUGCGCACGGGCACGGGCGGGGACGGCCUGGCCCGGCCGGAGGAUGACCUCCCGGACCUGGAGAAUGGCCAGGGCUCGGCCGCUGAGAUCUCCACCAUCGCCAAGGAGGUGGACAAGGUCAACCAGAUCAUUAACAACUGCAUCGACGCCCUCAAGCUGGACUCGGCCUCCUUCCUGGGGGGCGGUGGCGGCAGCGGGGACCCCGAGCUGGCCUUUGAGUGCCAGUCCCUCCCCGUGGCCGCCGCCGCUGCCGCCUCCUCGGCAGCGACCCCGGGGGUGCUGGAGCGGCCCAGCUUCCUCUCACCCCCCUACAAGGAGAGCUCCCACCACCCGCUCCAGCGCCAGCUGAGCGCUGACGCCGCCGUGGCCCGCAAGACCUGCAGCGUGUCCUCCAGCGGCUCCAUCAAGAGCGCCAAGGUCUUCAGCCUGGACGUGCCCGACCACCCAGCGGCCGCGGGGCUGGCCAAGGGCGACUCCAAGUACAUCGAGAAGGGCAGCCCCCUCAACAGCCCGCUGGACCGGCUCCCACUGGUGCCGGCGGGCAGCGGUGGGGGCGGCGGCGGGGGCGGCGGCGUCCACCACCUGGAGGUGAAGCCCGCCUUCCACUGCAGCGAGCACCGGCACAGCUUCCCGGCCUUGUACUACGAGGAGGGCGCCGACAGCCUGAGCCAGCGCGUGUCCUUCCUCAAGCCGCUGACCCGCUCCAAGCGGGACUCCACCUACUCGCAGCUCUCCCCCAGACACUACUACUCAGGUUACUCCUCCAGCCCUGAGUACUCCUCCGAGAGCACGCACAAGAUCUGGGAGCGCUUCCGGCCCUACAAGAAGCACCACCAUGAGGAGGUGUACGUGGCAGCCGGCCACGCCCUGCGCAAGAAGGUCCAGUUCGCCAAGGACGAGGACCUGCACGACAUCCUCGAUUACUGGAAAGGGGUCUCGGCCCAGCAGAAGCUGUGACCCUCUCCUUCCCGGUGAGGCCGGAGGGGGAGGGUGGAGGGGCACACGGGGAAGGGCCCGGCAGCCGGGCCGGGGGGAAGGGGCGGCGCCGGGGGUCGAGGCCGAGGCCGAGGAGUGGACGCACACGCACACCCGCACGCACGCACCCAUGCACACACCUGACCACCACCUGACUGUGAACCACCACCACCCGACAAUAACGGACAGGAAAACAAAGACACGUUCUCCUUAAAGUUUACACACUGAUACCGAAACCAGUCGUCUUUACUGUGCUGCCCAGGGACUCUGCUGGGGUGUGCGGGCCUGGGGCGGGGCGGGGCGCAGGCCAGGAAGCCAGAAGGGAGUGUGGGGUCUGGGGCUCGGGGACUAAGGGACAGGUUUGGGGGCAGAGGAGUCUGGAGCAGAGAGAGGGUCCCCCUCACUCUGGG